AUGAAAGGGCGAUCGAACCGACCCCCGGCGCCGUCCGCCCCCUCGGAGGACUGGGGGGAUGGUUCUUGGACGGUGGACUGCGCAUGUGGGGUCACCUUCGACGAUGGGGAGGAGAUGGUGAACUGCGAUGUAUGUGGUGUGUGGGUUCAUACCCGUUGCUCCCGGUUCGUCAAGGGCGAGGUGUCUUUUGCCUGCGACAAGUGCAAGGGCAGGAAACGGCAGCACACAUCUUCCGUCUCUCCCGCCGCCGAGAACAACGGCAACCUCUACAGCUGCAACGGUGGUAUCGGUGGUAUCACCAAUACUGAGGAGACGGAAGUCGCCCAGCUGCUCGCGGAGCUGCCCACAAAGACGGAUCACUGCCCACCUUCGGCAUCCCAUCGUCCUCCGGCUUUCAAGCUGUGGACUAGGGCUCCCAUCGAGGAACGUGUUCACAUCCAGGGUGUUCCCGGUGGCGAUCCUGCACUCUUUCAGGGCCUGUCGUCGGUUUUCACAUCUGAGUUGUGGAAGUGCACCGGAUACGUGGCCAAGAAGUUUAAUUUCAAGUACAGGGAGUUUCCAUGCUGGGAGGACGAGGAGGAGGGAGAGAACCCGACUAGCAGAGGGGCGGACUUGCUAUUCUCCCUCUCAAAAGAUAUUACACCCCGCGGUCCCGUCGAGUCUUAUGGGUAUAGGCAAAUUCCGAAAACGGUGAGAAAAGAUAGAAAGGGUCCAGGGAGUGAUGCUGUUAUUGGCGGUCGAUUGCAGACCUCUGCUAAGAAAGAGAGAAGUAGAAUUCGUGAGGCUGGAGUAAACUCAGGUAAGCGCAAGGAAUCUACAGGAGGAAAAGAUCAGAGUGGGAAGAAAAAGUCGAGGAGCAGUGGUGACAAAUCUGCGGUGGAUAACAGAAAGAAAGGUACUGAGAUUGUAUUUUUUAUACGUCAAUAUUGUUGGUUUGGCAUUUAGAUUUACAUAAUUUCUAACUCAAACAUUUAAAUUGGUUUCUUAUUCUAGGAGGUUCCUCAUCUCGCGACGAUACUUGCAAACCUAAUAUCUAUGAAGAUAAUCUCCCCAAGCCUGCAAGGUUGGAUUUUGAAAAUAUAAAGAGUGAAGAUAGGAAGGAUGUUAUGCCAUUAGAGGCCAGGUCCGGUAAUUGCCACGAAGUGCAUGUAAAUAAUCCGAAGAUGAAGCACAUGUUGGCAGCCAAGACUUGUGACGAUGAUUCAGCUAAUGAGGUACCACUGCAAAAACAUCGUAUGGAAUUACCUGUCAAGCCAGAAACCUGUGAUGAACAUGAUAGUUCGAAGACCGAAAUUUCUCCUAAGUUAAACAUCUCCAUUGUGCGUUCUGGCAAAGCUAGUGGCCCUGUCAAAGAAGAGAUACAGGUAAGCAUGGCAUCAAAUGAUGCACUACUAACUGAACUUCACUUUCCCAUGGCUUUUUCUUGGAUCAAUAUCAUUAUUACACUAUUGCAGAAGUAUCCAAUUUUAUAUAUAAGGUCAAACGUCCUAUGAAACAGAUUGAAGUGCGGUGAUACUAAUAUUUUUACGCUAAUAAUGACAUCAAUCAGCAUACAAGAAAUAGGAUCAUUGAUGGUUAAUCAGUGCGAUAAUUUAUUCACGAUGCGGAUACAUCCUUCUUUCAGCCCUUUACAGCGUAAUUUAAUUGACUGUCUAGUGAUCCCCUGUUACUAAAUGUGCCAAAUAAUUCUAUCUUUUUAUCCAUGAAGUGAGCUCGUUGGAGGUGAGGCCGUGGAUUGCUCUUUUCAUUCUCUAUCCAUCUUCCUUGACAUAUUUAGUAACCAUAUGCCUGGUAUUCGGCUGCUUUAUUUCAUAGGUAGCUUUCAGCUUGUGAAAAGACGAUUUUCAGCCUGAAUUUUCUACCUUUCUCAAUUUGGUUUUCCUUCUCUUCCCCUGACAAUUGCAGAAUUCUUGGUUACAUAUUUGGAUUGAUGUGUUCAUUGCAGGGAUCGAACUUAACUUAAAUAAUUCGCACAUUUUCUAUUGCUGUUGUCGUCCUUACAAUCUCGCUAACAGUUACCGUCAUGCCAUAAAGUUGCCUAAGCGGUUUCAGUCAUCUAAGUCCACUAUGCCCAAUCUGUAUUAUUCUGUAGAAAGCGGUUUCCAUGUUAACUAACUAUUUGUUUCUCCAUGACUAUUACUCUCUCGUCUUGUUAGGUAAUCCGUGUUCGAAUCGAUUUAGACAUUCGCCUAUCCUAGUAUUUGCUUAAACUUGAAACAUGCAUCUCGUUUUGCUUCUAGUCAUUUUUCAUGUCAACUACCCAAAUUUGUUCGCCUGUAAUCACAACAUACCAAACACAGAAUGUAGCAGUCAACAAGAACUCUUUUCGCCAUAACCUCAGUGAAGCAAGACAGGACCUUGGAGUAGUGUCACACUUAAGCUGCCAUGUUCCUAACUAUAAAAAGUCGACCAUAAAAAAUCAAAUAACCAUAAAAAGUCGCCAGAAAACCCUAUCUAUAGUUGUAAAGCGGAGUUACUUUUGCCGUGUUAUAAAUUUUCAAUAAUCUCAAAUGCUUUUGUAUACUUAUCUGAAUAUGUUUUUUUUUACUACUAAAGUGCAUAAUUUUUUUUCGAAGGAUUUCACAACUUGCGUUAGUGGACAGAGAACAACUAACAAGGAAAGUGACAAUCUUGGGGAAACGGAUGAAGAUUCAUCUACCGGUUCAUUAA